UCCUUAAUCACUGCCUGACAGCCUCCACCGCCGCCGCCGUCGCCUCACUCCGUCGCUCUUUCUAAGAAUCCUAAGAGCCGUGAGUCCUGCUUAGGAACUCCCCGAGGUUCCUUUGUGUCCUGCGCGGCGCUGAAGGAUCAUGGCGAGUUUGAUCCUACGCUGACUUUCUCUUAGUGUUUGAUUGUGUUUGUGUUGCGUGUGUAGGGAGUGUUGUGUUCGUGUGUGUUGUGGUUGUGUUGUGUUCGUACUGAGUGGAAUGUUUUCUGUUGGUGUUCUGCUUUGCGGGUUGAAAAUGAGAGCGGCGCUGGCAGAAAACGAAGUCCACACACUGAAGGAACAACUCGAGAACGUCAAGUGCCAGAAAAUCGUCAAGGAAAGCAACAACAACAACAGCAACAACAACAACAACAUCAACAGCAGCACCAGCCCCAGCAUCCUCAACAACAACAACAACAGCAUCAAUGGGAACAGCCUGAGUAGCAGCAUCAACAGCAGCAUCAACAACAACAACACAACCUCCACCACCACCACUACCUCUUCUUCUGCCUCCUCCUCCUCCGCCUCCAUCUCCGCCUCCGCCGCGACCACCACUACCACAACCACCACCUCCACGUCCGAGACAGGAAGUGAACUGGUUGACUCGUCUGAGGUCAGCGAGAGACUGGGUAGAAAGACCCCCAUGGAGGAGAUCAUAAUGUCGAAAGAAAAAGAGGUACGUGGAGCUUCGAUACUCAGCUCUGCCACAUCUCUCUCACUUAAAGAAGCAGCAGAAGUGUCCAAGCUGAUUGAGGAUAUUUCUCGGCUACAGGCGGCCCUCUCCGGCGUGAAGGAGGCCUCGGCGGCACAGAUGCACGCCAUGGAGGAGCAACUCGAGCAGAAGAACAGACUCAUUCACCGCCUCGAGUUGAAGCUUGAGCACUCCAGCCUCGAGGAAGUGAAGAGAGAUUUCCAUCAUGUUGAGGAGGCGUGGCUCAGACCCUCCGUUCACCCACAUACCUCCUGGCCCCCGUUCGACCCCCACCGCGCCACCUGGCCCCACCUGGACGCCACUAACGGACCCGCGAGCCACCCCCACACAAGGAGCAUGCGUGAUGGUCGCCUGGGCCGGAAGGACUCGCCCUGCCCCCUGCUCCCUGGAAAGCCUUUUGGAUCGCAGCAAGCCCGACCACGAGCUCAAGAUCCCGACUUCGGAGUUCGGAAAGCAAUGUACGAUGUCUAUGGACAACUCCCACAUGGGCCUGACACACCUACCCCUCUGAGGCCGCACCUCCCCUCACCUCGCCCUGCCCCCAUGGCCUCCGGCGCCCCCCCUGCCUGGCACCCCUCCACCACCUGUUUGGGGAGGAGGAGGCGUUCGCUGGAGAGGUCGGCCCAGGAGCGUCACCAUAUGAAUUCAGCAGGCCAGAUGUCUCCGGAUAGUGGCGCAGGGUUUGAGAGGUCAGACCUCGAGACUCUCCGCUGGGCGACGUGA